UUGGGUUUUGGCAGUCUUUCAGCAGCCCUGCUGAUAAGUGUUCUUUAUCUAAGAGUGACAUUUCAAGUUGAUUCGACGGGUGAUGAAUGUCGGUUAUCACUGAGUCACGAAAGCUUCGAUCGCCAGUCUUCAGUAACCUAUCAUGGUCGCCUAAUUCUGUUAAAUACAUUGGAGAAUUUCAAAGGAUUGGAUCGAAAAGCAUUACUAUUGGAAGAGACGAAUAAGGUCUGGGAAAAUAUCCAGUCCGGAGAAUGGCUGUUGUAUCCGGAACGAUUGGUUCCAUUCGUAUUUACGGUGUAUGCUGAUCUCAAGAAAUUUCAUUAUUACUAUUGGAAUUGCUUUCCAGCCUUGUGCUUCCCUGAAAAUAUAAAACAAGAGGUGUCUUCUUUUGCGGGUGAUGCUGGAAAAUUGAUGAGUUAUUUCAAUGACACAAAUUUCCAUGCUUUUCUUUUGGAUUCAAAGGGAAAUUGUUUGUCCCUACUCGAUCUAGGUGCCAUAGAUGAUGCUACAGACGUGAAGACGAAUCAAUUGCCUACCAGUGUGGGUUGGGAGAGAAACAUGCAAGGGAAGACGAUUCCACAAUUUGUGGAUAUGCGAAAGCAAUUUGAUCCUAAAAAGUGA